UUAUGUCACAGGAUUGCAUUUUCCUAGUGGUAGGCGGCGGUAUUGCCGGGGUUAGCUGUGCCGAAGCGUUGACUAUAUGUUGCCCCAAUCAGUCCAUCUUGCUGCUCACAGAAUCAAGCAUAGUAAAGAGCGUCACAAAUCUUUUACCCGUGGCGCGUUAUCUGCACAAGUUUGAUGUUAGAGAAAUUAAUGCCUCAGAAUUGGGAACUGGCAUUAGAACCAUAGUGGACCGGUUGGCGCAUGUGGAAAGCAAUGAUCAUUGGGUACGCACGCAGUCGGGAUUGAAAAUAAAUUACCGUUAUCUGUGCUUAUGUACAGGUGGAGUACCAAAUCUGUUUAGCUUUGAGCAGGAGAAGAAGCUAGAUGAGCGCAUAAUAGGCAUACGCGAUACUGAUUCAGUGCUACAGCUGCAAAAACGUUUGUCAAAGGCCAAUGAUGUGCUUAUAUUAGGCAAUGGCGGCAUUGCCAGUGAGUUGGUGCACGAACUGAAACAAGUCAAUGUGCAUUGGGUUAUCAAGGAUGCGCAUAUAUCAGCCACAUUUGUCGAUCCUGGCGCUGCCGAGUUCUUUCAGCUAGCUAAGCGGGAGAAGGGAACGACAGCGCCAGUGACUUCUAUUAAACGUAUGCGUUAUGGCGACGAUAAGUCUAAGAAGGAAGUGCAGCACAUACGGGGCGCAGCAUUGGGUCCCGACUGGCACCGCAACUUUGAUCUAAGCGGUGCUAGUGAAUCGACGGAAGGCAUUUUGCCUAAAGUCUACUAUAAGGCACAUAUAACUCAAGUAAAGUUGCAGCCAGAUGAUAAAGGCUUGCAGAUUACCUUGAGUCAUGAGGAUGCUAGUGAAGAGCAGCUCUAUUGUGAUUUUAUUGUCUCCGCCACAGGCGUUCAACCGCGACACGAAUACAGUACUGAUGUGCCUUUAGAGCUUGCUGCGGAUGGCGGUAUUAAGGUAGAUGAGUUUAUGCACACCAAUCUCUGUGAUGUCUUUGGUGCGGGCGAUGUUUGCACCGCUGCCUGGGAUCCAGCGCCACAUUGGUUUCAAAUGCGUCUUUGGACACAAGCGCGUCAAAUGGGAGCCAUGGCUGGACGCAGCAUGGCGGCAGUUUUGGACAAUGAACCCAUUUAUCAAGAUUUUUGUUUUGAAAUUUUUGGUCAUGUCACCCAGCUGUUUGGCUAUCCCACAGUGUUGUUGGGGCGCUUCAAUGGCCAAGGGUUAGGCAAAGACUAUGAACUUUUGGUUCGGUGCACACGCCACAAGGAAUAUAUAAAGUUCGUGCUACAGGAGGGACGGCUUAGGGGUGCUAUACUUAUUGGCGACACGGAUCUGGCGGAGACGUGCGAGAACUUGAUACUUAAUGGCACGGAUCUGACACCUUAUGGUGAUGAUAUCUUAAAUCCAGACAUUGACAUUGAGGACUAUUUUGAUUAAUUAUUAAAACAAUUGACCAAAUACAUGUUAUGCUUAAAC